GGCCGGCCAGCGACCAGUACCCGCUGCCUUCGACAGGUCACCCUGAGCCGGCGAGCCAUGGCGCACCAACCACGAGACGCCGAGGCGCCGCUGCUCGCCAAGCCCGACGCCACCGCCCCGGCGCCGGCGCCGGCGGUGAAGCGCAACAAGUACCCCUUCUUCUGCGCCGUGCUCGCCUCCAUGACCUCCGUCCUCACAGGCUACAACGUGGCGGUGAUGAGCGGCGCGCAGAUCUUCAUGGCGGAGGACCUGGGCAUCAGCGACGCGCAGGUCGAGGUGCUCUCGGGGAUCAUCAACAUCUACUCGCUCGCCGGCGCGCUGCUGGCCGGGUGGACCUCCGACCGCCUCGGCCGCCGCCUCACCAUCGUGCUCGCCAACGUCUUGUUCCUCGCGGGCCCGCUGUGCAUGACGCUCGCGGGAGGGUACAACGCGCUCAUGGUGGGCCGCUUCAUCGCCGGCAUCGCCGUCGGCUACGACUUCGUCAUCGCGCCCGUCUACGCCGCCGAGAUCUCGCCGGCGUCCUCCCGCGGCCUCCUUACCUCAGUCCCCGAGAUUUUUAACAACACGGGAGUGAUGCUGAGCUACGUGUCGAACCUCGCCUUCUCGGGGCUGCCACCGCAUCUGUCGUGGCGGGUGAUGUUCGCGGCGGGGGCGGUGCCGCCGGUGUUCCUGGCGGCCGGCACGCUCACCAUGCCGGAGUCGCCGAGGUGGCUGGUCAUGAAGGGCCGGGUCGCCGAGGCCAAAGCCGUGCUCCACCGGACGUCGGACACGCCCGCCGAGGCCGAGCGGCGGCUGCUCGAGAUCGAGGACGUCGUCUCCGGCGGCGCCCAGGGGAAAGGGAGCAGCAGCGCGUGGAAGGAGGCGGCGACGAAGCCCGGCGUCCGCCGCGUGCUGGCCAUGGUGCUGACGCUGCAGUUCUUCCAGCAGGCGUCGGGCAUCGACUCGGUGGUGCUGUACGGCCCGCGGAUCCUCGCCACGGCCGGCGUCACCUCCAACACCUCGCUCCUCAGCCUCAACGUCCUCUUCGGCGUCGCCAAGGCGGGGUCCAUCCUCAUCGCCAUGGCGCUGGUCGACCGCGCCGGCCGCCGGCCGCUCCUCCUCGUGAGCACGGGCGGCAUGGCGGCGUCGCUGCUGCUCGUGGGCUCCCUGUUCGCGGCGUCCGCGAGCACCAAGAAGGGCGACGCCGCGGUGUCCGCGGCGAGCGUGGCCGCGGUGGUGGCGUACGUGGUGUUCUUCUCCAUGGGGCUGGGGCCCAUGGCGUGGGUGUACAGCUCGGAGAUCCUGCCGCUCCGGCUGCGGGGGCAGGGCGCGGGUCUCGGCACCGCCAUGAACCGCACCAUGUGCGCGGUGGUCAUCAUGACCUUCAUCACGCUGUACAAGGCCAUCACCAUGGCCGGCGCGUUCUACCUCUACGCCGCCAUCUCUGCCGCCGCCUUCGUGUUCGUCUACGCGUGCCUGCCGGAGACCAGGGGACGGAGCCUCGAGGACAUGGAGGACCUCUUCCACACAAAGUUAUAAUUGAAAUGGAGGCUAUAAUUUAAUCAUUCAAAUGUAAGAGUUUUGGGCUUUGGCCCAAAUAAAUUUCCGUAUAAAUCCAAAUUAGGCCUUCUGCUGCUGCUUAGUGCAUGGUAUAGUUUGAAAUUGUACACUCGAUUUAAAGCAGUCUAGGGAGGAAAUCAAACUGGCCACUUAUUAUGGUAUGAAAUAAUUUUCUCUAA